GAAGGAUUAAAUAUGGGUACAAUUAGGAUCUCAAGUGAAGGAAUAAACAUCGCCGGUCGCACGGAUGUGGUCAAGACACUGUACGCCUCAAAUAUAGCUUCAAAAAAGAAUAAAGUUUUAAAAAUAGAAUCGGAAAGAGAUAUAUUCCUCAAAUCCAGAUAUUCCGACAAAAUAAACUCUUUCCAUAUAGGUAAGAAUAAAAUAGACGCUUCAUGUGACACGUUUGAAAUACGUGACCCGAAAGGUAAAAGUCGUUUUAAAGUGACAGAGAAAGGUGUGACAUAUGGAAGUGACGAGGUGACAUACAGCGGAAAAGCCGUGUUCAAUGGGUCAAUAGAAACACCAAACAUACGAGGACCUCACAAAGGUUCCCUCAGGUUGGAGUCAGCGUCAAGUUCUAUCAUUCUGUCUGGUAGGGAUGGCGUGUUGAUAGAGGCACCGGAGGGGAAUGUCGAAAUGAAAAGUGCUCAUGAUAUUAUAUUUGCAUCUAAUAAAAAGAUCAGUUUUAAUUCAACAAAAAUCUAUAUGAACAACAUCGACAUCAGCGCGCCAAACGGAAGUGGAAAACAAUACAACGAUGUGUAUCAACUUUGUGUUUGUCAAAAUGGAAGACUUUUUCUAGCGCCCUCUGUUGGCCGCUGCGUAACAGAAAAAGAAACAUGUACGUGACAACGUAGUGUCCAUUAUUUAAUAUACAUAUAUGUUGUGAUUUUACAUUGUUUAGAAAUAAAACUAAAUAAAAUGAAAAUUUUUGUUUGAAUCAAA